AUGCCUAUGACCUUCAAGUUGAAAUUGCUUAUAAUGCUCCUGGUUUUAUCGACAGCCACAGAAACUGUUUCCAAGAACACGGACGAGACACCAGGCAUGCUCGACCAUGCGCAGGACGCAUUCAAUAGAUCUGUAACUGUUUAUGGCAUGGCUGUCCCGAUGAAUGGAACAAUUGUGCGACAACUGAGAGAAACACAAAGUACAGAAGACAUCGUCCAGGUGGACUCACAGGACAGCGGGAAUUCUACUUCAGACAGUGCUUUUACAAGAUUUGUUUUUGUCAUUCAAGGAAUCGUGUUUCCGUUGAUUUGUGUGGUCGGCAUGACAACGAACGUCGCCAACUUAAUCGUGCUCUCGAGACCAAACAUGCGCACGUCUACCAAUCUUUUCCUGAUUGCCCUAUCGAUCGCCGAUAUAAUGAUGCUGUUGAUUGUCUGCAUGUAUUACGUGCAUUUUAAAUCAACGCAUGAGAAACCCAUCACCGAAUAUGAAGAGGUCGCAGGGCAGUCUCUGUUCUGGCAGCUUUACUACUAUACGUGGUUUAUGAUGGCAAAUGUAUUCUUGACAGUUUCCAAUUGGUUGGUCAUGGCAGUCGCAUUCUACAGGUACAUAGCCGUGUGUUGGCCCAUGAAAGCGUCUGGAUUUUGCACGACACAGCGCGCAAUCAUAAUGAUCGUUUUGGCUUACACAUUGUCCCUGGCACUGAAUGCCCCGGAUUUCGCAACUGUCACAAUUGUCCAAGAUGCCAACGGGACCAGAGCAGAGCACACAGAAUUACACAAAAGCACGUCCUUCGCAGUGAUCUACUAUAAUGUGAAACUUGCUCUAAACAUUAUCAUUCCCUGGAUGGUAUGUCUUAUUCUUUCUGUUGUUCUCAUCAUUGCACUGAGCAGACGAGAAAGAGAGGUUCAAUCCAUGGUAGAGCGCGAGAACUUUAUGCCAUCACGAGCUGACACGCAACGGCGCAUAACCAUAAUGUUAGUGUCCAUUAACAUCUGGUUUCUCAUCUGCAUGGUGCCCUCGUUCGUCUGGUAUACUUUCAACUGGUCUAAGGGAAGGAGCGAAGUGGAGCCAAGUCUUUCGUUCCGUAUCCUAAGAGUUAUUGCGGAUCUCUUUCUUGUGUGUAACUACGCCGCUAAUUUCUUCUUGUACGCCGCAACAAACAGACAGUAUCGCAAGACUUUCGUUACAGUGUUUUGUUGCCAGAAGAAAUCGUUCACCCGCGGCAUAACAUUUGAGCUGAGAACCGGCAGUACCAGUAUAAGAUCCAGCUCAAGUGAAAGAAAGAACAGCGCACCGAACGGGAAAACAAAUUUGACGUCGAACACUUUGCUCUGA